AUUUACGAAUGACUUGAGAGUUGCUGAUUGUGGGCUACUUUCCGAUGUACAGUGACUCAAAGCGCACAACUUUCUGCCGCUGUUGGAGUUUGUUUUUUCUAACGGAAAUGCUCGUCGGUUUUCACAGACUUUAUGAAGUUACAUUUUGUUCGGAUACCGUGGCCAUUAUGUCAGUAAAAUGCAGAGCAGCCAUCCAAGGACCAGGGCAGCGUGUUAAGUUCAGGGGCUAGCUGGCCUGCUGUACCCCCUUUAAAGGGUGGCUGCUGGGAUGCUACGGAAGAGCAGCAGUGGUGCUGGUGCUGGUGGAAAUAACCAAACCCAGGGUCUACCAAGACAUCUAUCCAAGCCCCACACAGUAUCUCUGUCUGCAGGAUCCACCAAGACCUGGGAUAUGGGCCGCAGCUCCAAGAACCCCAACCCUCUGAGCAGCAUGGGGCUCACCUCCCAUCUGGUGGGGGCUCCAGGAGUGGAUCCAGAGUAUGUCAUGCAUCUGGUGAAUGAUGUACGGGGCUUCGCUGAUGUGCUGCUCAACCUAAAAGAGGCUUUCCAGUGUAAAGGGAUCCGAGAGGUUACACAGCUGGAAAAAGCAACAGAAGAGAGUCUAGAAGGUCUUCAGGAGGUGGUGCAGGAACGUUUGGCAGAGUUACUUCGCGUCCUCAAGACCGUCAUCAGCAAACACCAGACCCUCAACUCGGUGGAUAUCCUCGGAGCGGCUGGCACGGUCAUCGCCAAGGUCAAAGGCAUUAACUUCAAGGAAGUGAACCCAGAAAACACACAGGCUAUAUUUGGCGAGAUACACACAUCCAUUGACACUUUGGCAUUCACUUUCGGCAAUGUAGUUUCUGACUUCCUUAUGGGAGAUGUGGACGGCGGCUCAGGGUUGGGGACCCCCCAGACCAGGAGAAGCAGGUCUUUUGACAAUCUCUCUUUGGAUCCUGAGGGAUAUUUGUCAGAGAAAAAUGACCUUGUGGUUCCAGAGGUGCCGCUUUCACGAGAGGAAGAAGUUGACUUGACCCUGCUGAAUAAUGACAGCGGCGUGGAGUCUGCUCUACUCUACGCCAAGGCCUGGUCCAGGUACAUCAAAGACCUCCUGGCCUGGAUGGAGAAACGGCUGGCCAUGGAUAUUGAGUAUGCCAAAAGUUUUUCCAAAAUGGCAGAGUCUGCUAAGACACUGGCCAGCCAACAGGACUACAUGCCAUUCAGUGACAUCUACGUUUCCACGUUCAAGAACGACAUUGAAUACAAACAGCUGCUUACUCAAACUGCAAUAGCUCUUCAGACCAACAAAUACAUACAGCCUCUUCUUGCCCGUAAGAAUGACCUCGACAGGUUGAGGAAAGACAUCAAGGAGCAGUGGCAGAGGGAGCAAAAGAAAAUGCAAGAGGCCGUGGCAACCUUGCGUAAAGCACGAGUGCUGAAGGCCCAGAGGAGAGAGGAGUACCAGAAAGCCCACACAUCUACCAACCGCUCCCAGGAGGAGCACGCUACCGCUGGCAACAAACAGCUGGAGAAGAAGAGGAAGCUGGAGGAGGACGCUCUGCAGAAGGCGGAGGAGGCCCAGGAUCAGUACCAGAGCUGCAUGGCUGACGCAGGCGUCAGGAAGAUGGAUCUGGCCAACGCCAAGAGCACCAUCCUCACACAGAUCAGAGAGAUGGUCUUCCAGUGUGACCUCACACUCAAAGCUGUGACGGUGAACUGGUUCCAGAUGCAGCAGGCGCAGACGGUGUCGCUCCCUGCUCACUACCAGGCUCUGAGUGAGAGCUCCAAGUUGUACGAACCGGGUGAAUGCUAUGCUGAGUUCGUCCGGAACCUGCCCAAAAAUCUGCCUAAAGAGCGUCUGCACUCAGACUCCACCUCGUCUGACAAUGCCAGGUUUGUGUUCAACAAAAGGUCUGUGGGCAGCACUCAUUCCUCCCAUGGCAACCUGUCGCAGGCAUCCAUCUACUCUGGUGACGUGCUGAGCGGAGACGAGGUGGACUGUGCCCUUCACCGCUCUACGAAGAUCAGCGAGCGCAGGUCCAACAGCAGCACCGACAUACCAGCGCUGAGAAGCCAGGCCACGUUGAGAGCCUGGGCCUCCGGUAGUCAGGGCAGCCAGGGCGGGAUGUGCAGCGACUCGGAGAGCGCGGGAGGCAGCAGCGAGUCCCGGUCCAUAGACUCCCCCACCGCCAGUCCAGGUGACUUCAAGCGACGGCUGCCGAGGACUCCGUCCACUGGCACCAUGUCUUCAGCUGAUGACCUGGAUGAGAGAGAGCAACCAUCGCCUUCAGACAACGGUCUGGCAGAGAUGGUGACGGAGACGGCCAGUUCUCCGGGUCCCUUCAGAAACGCUCAGAUGUCCAAAGCCUCUCAAACCCAUAAGCUGAGGAAACUACGAGCUCCAUCUAAGUGCAGAGAGUGUGACAGCCUGGUAGUUUUCCAUGGAGCGGAGUGUGAGGAGUGCUCCCUCGCCUGCCAUAAGAAGUGUCUAGAAACGCUUGCUAUCCAGUGUGGCCAUAAAAAGCUGCAAGGCAGACUGCAGCUGUUUGGUAUCGACUUUACACAAGCAGCGAAGAACAGUCCAGAUGGCAUCCCUUUCAUCAUCAAAAAGUGCACGUCUGAGAUUGAGAGUCGAGCCCUCAACAUCAAGGGGAUUUAUCGUGUGAAUGGAGCCAAAUCACGCGUGGAGAAGCUUUGUCAGGCGUUUGAAAACGGCAAGGACUUGGUUGAGCUGUCCGACCUCUCUCCUCACGAUAUCGGCAAUGUUCUCAAACUCUACCUGAGACAACUACCAGAGCCCUUGAUCCUAUAUCGUUACUACAACGAUAUUAUCGGCUUGGCCAAAGAGUGCCAGAGAGUGAUAGUGGAGGAGGCGGAUAAACCUAAAACAGGAGAGAGGGGGGGGGCCAGCGUCGGGCUCAACAGAGUCCUCUUCAAGAUCAGAGACCUUCUCCGCCAGCUGCCUGCAGCCAACUACAGGACUCUGCGCUUCCUUAUAGCUCACCUACACAAAGUGACGGAGCAGGCGGAGGAGAACAAGAUGACUGCGAGUAAUCUGGGUAUAAUCUACGGCCCCACGCUGGUGAAGCCCCGGCAGACGGACGCCGAGGUGUCCCUGUCCUCGCUGGUGGACUACCCCUACCAGGCCCUGAUGGUGGAGCUGCUGGUGCGCCACUUCCACGCGGUGUUUGACGUUUCACUUCUGCCCGGCUCCGACAACAUCACAUCCUGCCAGGCGUCCCCCAGACUCACCCCCCAAGAGAAGGUGCAGCGGCUCAGCAGACACUCCGCCUCCCUGAUGGAUAUCAAAGAGAGCGCCAAAGUGUACAAGAGAUACUCGUCAGUGAUCCCCUCCUCACACAUCAUGAAUGAGGUUCACGAGGUGCAGCCGGGGACGGACAGAACGGAGGACUCGGCCUCGGACAGACUCAACGGGGUCCAGACCCUCGCUGAAGGAGACAUGCAGAGGUCCACCUUAGUGUUCGGCCGUCCCAGCUCCACCGGCCCCCCCACCACCGCUGUGGCACCAAAGGUCCAGCUCCGCACCCAGCGCACCCGACACGUGUCUCGACCCAUCAGCAUGCCGCUAGAACGCCUGCCCGCGCCCGCCCACAUCAGCGAGAGGAAUUACCGUAACGCUGCUGCUAAAGAUGACUCCAGCUCCUCUGAACGCGUCUCUGAAUCUAUUCAGGAGAUACCAGAGCCAGAGAAAGCCCGCCAAAGUGGCUCGUCGAGAGUUAGCACCUACUACAUCACUCCUUUCAUGGACACACACUCCAUGCAGAGGAGGACGUGGGACAGGAAGUACAAGCACUAUGAUGUCACACCCAGGACUGCUAAGAUCGUGGCCAACCUCCCACCUGCCAGCACUGGAAUACAACCUGUGAAAGCAACCAUGCCCGUCACUCUUAGCCCAGCGCUAACAGCUACAGUUAGCCCAGCCAUAACCGCUACUGUUAGCUCAGCGCUAACAGCUACAGUCCCUACUUCAAGUAGUGUGAGCAACAUGUUCUGCACCCUUCCCUACACAGUGUCAAAGCCGAUCUGGACUUAUAAAAGGGAAAAUGACUCGGAUAAUUCUGUCGGCGAGGCUAGCAGCUCGCCAAAACUCCCGCUAACGCUCAGGGCGCCGAGAACUCUGCAGCCGCCUCCUGGAACGUUCUACAAGCCCCCCGUUUCUUUUAACAGCAGGGCAAGGACGCUUCCAAACUGGACUACAACUGUUACCACGGUCACCACCACCACAACCACCGCCAGCCCCUCCCUCGCCCUCUCCACCACUGCCCAGGUAGUCUCCUCAUCCCCUGCCCUAUCAACGAGCCCCCCACUGACUCGGCUCCAGACUCAGGACUCCGUCGACAGCGCCAUUGACCCCGAGGUCUCGAUCUCUGCCAGCCUUUCCCCCCCACAGUCACCCCCCCCUAGCAGCCCCGACGACCUCAGCCCCAGCGAGACUAAACCCGUGUACCAAAGACUUCGCCCUCGGCGGACGCAGGAGCUCGAACACAGAGAGGCACAUUUUGUCUGAAGCCAAAAAAACACAUAUUAUAUCUGUAAAUAUUAUUGUAUCCGUGCCAUAGUGUAUACAUCGGAACACGUUUUUUAUAAUACAAGCUGAGUGGGAGAAAUGUAGGCCUGUGAAAAUAAACCAUGAAAGUGUUAUAAGUACUAAUAUAUUGUAUUUUACAUAUUCAAGUCCAAAUGUCAACAGUGGUUGCUCUCCCAAGCGUUCAAAGCAGACAACAUUGUAUUUUUAGUGCUAUUAAGUUAUAAAUACAUGAAUUAUCCAUUUUUAUGUCAAAGAUAGAAAGAAAUGUGUCAACCACAACAUGACAUCUGUCUCUGAAGAAUUGUACGUCUAUUAUUUUCCUUGUUUGAAUUGAACCUCUUAGUUCCUGUACAAUGUUUGAUUUGUUAUGAAAUUAUAUUUGAUGUAAUCACACAAUGCACUUAACGCAGGUUCAAAUUCUAAUGUGCCUUUUUAUGUUAGAAUUUGCUUAAGUUUUAUUCUUCAAUGAACAGAUGGAAGUAUUUUUAACAUGAGGUUUUUUAUUUUAAAGAGUUCAACAUUGUCUCUUUCAAAUGAGUCCUUUGAUGCCUGUGAUUGGUACAUCUUUUCUCAGUAUGUAAACCUUAUGUAUCUGUUUACGUUUUUUUAUAUCCAUUCAUACAUACUGCAUGUUCGUCACAGUAAUGUUGUUCCAUUGCAUUAUUGUGACCAUACAGAAAAAAAUGACAUGAUGCAAUAGUGAUUGCUGCAAAUUAAAAAUGCAUUUGUAAUUGUUA